UUAAACGCGCAAUUAAAAAAUACGAAUAAUAUGACAUCAACGGAACUUCGUUUUGCGAACGAUGCAAUUCGAUUUAUUAGAAUUUCUUUUGUUUCUCACGAUAUCAACAAAGUAUCAUUUGCUCGAAGUAUACACGCAUACAGAGGAUUAUUUAUUGGUAAACAAUCUUUACCGUAAAUGUGUCAGUGCUAAAGUAUAAACCAAUAUGAUUCCACAAGUGAACGAAUUAAGUGGAAAACUCGAAAUGAGCAAUAGCGUAGACGAAGACGAUUAUGAAGUGGAAAAAUGUAGUCAGUGGAUGAACACGUGCAAUUUAAGCAAGGUCUGUUUGCAAUUUCCUGAUCAUCUUUUACCGAAUUCAGUAGAAAUUGCCUUACGCUUAGAAAGUCGUGUUAAUAAGAAAGUUUACAUUUUGGGAGACACCUCUUGCGGUAGCUGUUGCGUCGAUGAAAUUAGCGCACAGCAUAUUAAUGCCGAUGGUAUAAUACACUUCGGGCAUGCAUGCCUCAGCCCUACAGCUCGUUUGCCUUCGUUUCACGUUUUACCGAGAAAAGAAAUCAACGUAGCGGACGUCAUACAAAAAUUUAAAUCAAUCUUUACAAAUCAGUCUGAGAGAAUUUUAUUUUUCUACGACGUAGCUUAUGCCUAUAAAAUUGAAUGUAUGUACAAAAUACUGAGCCCAAUUUAUAAGAAUCUGAUCUUUACUUUGUUAAAUUGUACCUCCAACGUGGGAUUCACGGAUAACAAAGGGAAUUCCUCUGUAGAGAUCUUGGGUAGAUGUUUCGAAUUAGACACAGAUUGUAAAAUAGGAGAUUAUGUAGCAUUUUUUUUGGGAGACAAUGGGAAAACGUUCAGUGGAUUGGCAAUGGCAAUUCCUGCGAACAAAUGGUACUUUCUAAAGAACAAUAACAUCGUCGAAUACGAAGCUUUGAAUACGCCAUGGUUGAAGAGGAGGAGAUAUUUAGUGGAGAAGUUAAAAGAUGCCAAAGUCGUUGGCAUAGUUGUAUCCACUUUGGGUAUCAAAGAUUAUUUGGAAAUUGUAAGAAUGAUGAAAGAUAUCAUGAAACGAAAGAAGAAGAAAUCUUACAUUCUGAGCGUAGGUAAAAUAAAUCCAACGAAACUUGCCAAUUUCCCAGAGAUAGAUGCUUUCAUUGUGAUAACAUGUCCUGAGAAUGAAAUAUUCGAUUCUAAAGACUAUUUAAAGCCGUUAUUACUACCUUAUGAGGUAGAAUUAGCAUUUAAUAGUUCAAGGGAAUGUUACACCGAAUAUUGUACGGAUUUUAGACAGAUACUUCCGGGUGGAACAAAUUAUGUUGAUUUUAAAGCUUCGACAGACUCUGACGUAUCCCUGAUUACGGGAGAACUUAGGAACUGUGAUGAAGAAAGUACUGUUUGUACAGAUCAAAUGAAUGCUUUAGUACUUAACAAUUCCUCAGGAGUCGUUGCGAUAGGAAAAGCAGGGGCAGAGUUCUUGCAGAACCGAUCGUGGAAAGGUGUCGAGCAAAGAUUAGGCAAAGACGACGUACAUUCAGCAGAAAUCGGCCGUUACGGUCUGCCAAAUUGUUACGAGAACGAGCCUAUUUCUAUACAAAAAAGUACCAAUAUAACGUAAUAGUACAAUAAGUUUUAAUGUAGAAUUAAAUGGGAAAUACAUUUCUUUACAAUACGA